UCUCGUAGCCUACUUUUAAUAUUUAUUUAUUUAUUUAUUUCGCGAGGCGGUUAUGUGACGGACGGAUAUGUGACGUUCCACUUGUUUUUCUUAUGGGCGGAUACAAGGCAAAACCAAACCCUGACACACCUUCAAUCCUCAUUAUACACUGGCAUUGUAAAAAGAAACAGCCCGACUAAACGCUAGAGUAUAUUUACUAUUUCCACUAGCCUCGUUAAACUGGUCAGAAUUCGCCUAAUCCGAAAUUUCCAGGAUAUACGUUUGAUUUCGAUUUCUGGCUUUUACCGAUCGGGAGAAUUUGGUUAGUUUAUGUUCUCCCAUGCAAGUCUGUUUUAUGCCAGUCUUUAAACUGGUAUUGGUUUGUCACCGUCGGCUUUGGCAAGAAGGCUCCUCACACAGAAAACAAAACAAUGGACUGCAUCGUGAGGUUGUUCAGGAAAAGGAAAAAAGUGCUCCUUUUUCCCCCAGUGCUUUUCUUGGUGGCUUUGUAUGGACCCUUAUCUGUCAGGUAUAUUGAGGGCCUGAUUCCCAUGGAAAAGUGCCAUUUACCUCCUGGCUCUCGGCUCAGGCCUGGGAACCAUGUGGACAACUCCCUUGAUCUUUGGUCCAGGACUGACGUGCAGACGUGCACUUACUGGGGAGCGCCAGUCAUGUGGGACGGAAUGUUCAACCCACAGCACUGUGAUGAAGUGUAUAGGAGGCAGAACAUCACUGUUGCUCUCACAGUGUUCGCUGUUGGACGGUACCUGGACAUCUACCUUGAGAAGUUCCUCUCCUCAGCUGAGCAGCACUUUAUGGUGGGUCAAAGGGUCAUCUACUACGUGUUCACAGAUGACCCUGACAGGGUUCCGCAGGUCAGACUGUCGGCCGGCCGGAGUGUGACAGUCAUCGAGGUCCUCCGGCACAGCCGCUGGCAGGACAUUUCCAUGCUGCGCAUGAAGACCAUCGCAGACAACAUCGACUCCCUCAUCCGCCACCAGGCCCAGUACGUGUUCUGCCUGGACGUGGACCAGGAGUUUGUGGGCCGCUUUGGCACAGAGGCUCUGGGUGAUUUGGUCGCUCUGUUGCACUCCUACUAUUACCACAGGCCCAAGUUCUUCUACACGUUGGACCAUAACCCCAAGUCCGCGGCUUACGUAAAGCAAGGAGACAUGUAUUAUCACGCGGCCGUCUUUGGGGGCACGUGGCAGCAGGUGAAGACCCUGACGCAGAACUGCUACCGGGCCAUCAUGCAGGACAAGAACAACCAGGUGGAGGCGCUGUGGCAUGACGAGAGCCAUCUCAACAAGUACUUCUGGCUCCACAAGCCCACCAAGGUCCUCUCCCCCGAGUACUGCUGGGCCUCCGCCAUCGGCUACCGGAGCGACAUCCACGUGGUGCGCCUGGUUUGGGCUGAGAAGCAGUACAGCUUUGUUAGGCAGUAGCUACGGAGUGAGACUGAGAAGGCUGGACCUUGUUCUGUCCACUGGAGUUGGGGAUGACCUGGGAACUACUGUAGUGGCACUGGAUUAUACAACUCAGGGACUGAAAGCAGAGUUGGAUGUUAUGAUGUUUGUCAUUGUAUGUAUUUAGUUUAUUUUGGUAUUUCUUAAUUCAGCCCUGUUGAGUGUUUUAUAUGGAUAAUUUUCAGAGUUCUUGAUGAAGAGAUUCCGUUAUUUGAUCACUCAGAUCAGUGUUGAAACGAUUUAGUUCAUACUUUGGACAGGAAAUAAAGAUGAAUUGUUCUAAUUUUA